CUGGGGCUACCAGGACGGCUCGGCCAGCGCCGGCUGGACCACGCACGGCUCGCCUUACGGCCAGCACGGCUCGCCCUACGGUCAACAGGGAUCGCCCUACGGUCAACAGGGCUCGCCCUACGGUCAACAGGGCUCGCCCUACGGUCAACAGGGCUCGCCUUACGGCCAACAGAGCUCGCCCUACGGCCAACAAAGCUCGCCCUACGGUCAGCCAGGCUCGCCCUUCGGUCAGCCAGGCUCGCCCUACGGCCAACAGAGCUCGCCCUACGGUCAGCCAGGCUCGCCCUACGGCCAGCAGAGCUCGCCCUACGGUCAGCUAGGCUCGCCCUACGGUCAGCGCGGCUCGCCGUACGCCCAGCGGUCGCCGCUGGCGCCGCCGUCGGUCGGCCGGCCCCGUAUCAGCACGCCCGUCAACCGGCCGGCCAUCGAGAUCACCGACAAGGACAGCUUCCGACAGUACAUGGCGCAGUACGAGGAGGCGGAGCGACGACGCAACGCACUGAACGCGUCGAUGGAAGCGUCAGCCAAUCAGAGCCAGAGCUUCUGGAAUCACAGCAAUUCCUCUCUGGCGGACUUGUUCACGCACUCACCGCAGAAACACGUGUACCAGCUGUCUGUGCGCGACCCGCCGGAGACGGACGACGGCUCGGCCGCCGACGAGAAGGCGGAGAGCGCACUGCACUCGUCACUGGACCGCACCUGGGCGCGCCUCGACGUCAGCCGCGACACGCUCUUCCGCUGGACGGAGAACGUGCGCGUGUGGCUCUGCCAGACCAUCCUGGUGCGGCUCGUGAAAGAGAUCGACUCGGUGAACGCCGCGCUGAGGAGACACGGUCUCUCGGAGAUGCAGAUCGGCGAGGUGGGGCUGGACAAGCUGAGGAAGACGUCCCAGCUGGUGCGGGACGUGCCCACGCUCAACGCCGUCCUCCAUUUCCUCUCCGUCUCCACGCACCAGGAGUACGUAGUGUUUCGCAUACGAGAGCUGAGCCGCGGCGGCUGUCUGAAGGAGUUCCGCUGGAACGGCGGCGGCACACUCCGGGGCAAGGCCUGGGAGGAGCACCUGCCCACCGACUCGGCGCUGGUGAUGCAUCUGCUGGCGGCCUACAUGGACGCCCGCCUGCCGCCGCACCCGUCGCACCCUGACGGGCGCACCUUCACAAACGAGCACGUGUGCCGGGCACCGGACGAGCCGGCGGCCGGCCGACAUCGGCUGGUCAUUCACCAGACCGAGAUCACACCGCCGCGCUUCUCACUGGUCAGCGGCCAGGAGACGCACCAGCUGGCCAAGGGGCGGAACAACCUGUUCCACACGCUGCUGCUGUUCCUGUACAUAGUGCGGCACAAGCACGACUCGAUGCUGGACAAGAUCCACAUCGGUCCGACCGGGCUCAACAUGCUCUGGAUCAUCGAGUGACGCCUGGCCGAGGCGCUGGCGUCGGGGCUGGGCCGGGACGGGCCGCGCGGUCGGUCGGCGGUCCGCCCCGUCCAGUAAUGACGCCGUCCGCGCUGGUCGCCUGGUGACCAGGACUGCGCGACGCUCAGGCGGCCGCUGGCCCCGGGGCAGCUCGUGUGACGUCACCGGCGCCGCAGCGGGCCGGGCGGUGAUCGGAGCGCGCCGGGCCGGCGCUGGCGCUGCGUUACAAGCAUCGCGGCGCGGUUCUCCGGGCCGGGCAUCACCCCGGCUGGUUCAGCCCGUGUUGUGCGGCGUUUCCGUUGGCAGCGGGCUGCUUCGAGUCGGUGGCUUCGCACUGCUUGGAAUGGAUCGAUCCACACGCUCAUUAUUGAAAUUGGGGUGCUGCAUAUGGAUAGCUCCUCUUGAUAACGGGCUCGAUGUUGUCUAAAGCGAUGCUGACCGCACCGUGUUGAACGUGAUGGAUUGCCCGCCGCGUAUGGUGAAGCUGUUUUUAUGGCUCAUUUGGUCUCAUGUGCGUUUUCAUCAGUGACUGUGAUGUCAGCAUACAAAUCACAUGCUCAUUACCAGUGUUGUCGACAGUGAUGGAACAGAAGAUGUGGGAAGCUACCUGUCCGGGGACGGCACGCACGCUUUUGUGGCGACAGACGCGCUGGGCUCUGAGCGCUCGGUGGCUGUAAGCAAAACAUGUGAUUGUUGGCCUCCGUCGCGAUUAAAUCUGACCCAAAGUAACGUCACUUUCCCGGAACGCGUUCUGGAAUCGCAUUUUGGGUGUUCAGAGCUUUUAAUGUGAUGUCGCGAUGAUCAGAGCCGUUAGCGGGCCUGGAGCUGAAACUCUACCACCGCCAUGUUUUGCGUCCGCUGCAACCUCAGACCUGACCCAAGGCCACCAUGUAUUAAAACGGUCCGGUUUUAAGUCACUUGAAUGGAACACUGAAGGUGUGAAGUGAUAGUCUAGUGGAGCACGUAGGUCCGUCUAAACUACAAAAGGAGUAACUGAGCACUAUCCCAGUUCAGAUUAUCGCUUACCAUAUACGUUGCCGUUGUUCUUCCACUGCCUCCAAACUGCGCCUGCUGUGAGCAACAAUGAAACCUAGACAUGGGAUGGAACGUUUGCAUAUUUAGAAUAUUUGCUGCAAAAACAUAUUGACAACAGUGUGCGCGCUUCAUAUUGAGCCUGCCGCCUUCUUCGCAAAGUUCGCACUGACUUGAACUUCAACCCAGGGGACUCUCUCAAGAAAUCUCAGCUUGGUGGGCAAAGCCUGGCAGGCAAAGAUCCUUCAGAUGUAACGCCAGCGGCUCGUUCCGCCCCGCGAGUCACAGCCGCGAGUGUGUCCGGGCUGAAACACUACAACAUACUUUACAUUACUAGUGUACCUAUCAAUCAAUGCUUCGUUGCAAACGGACUGCUAUUAAACCGUUUCUUGAGAAAGGAUUUGCGGGCUUCCUGCCGCGCUUGUAUUGCGUAGACGCGUGCGUGGCGUACGGCGCCCGCUCGUGACGUGCGCGCCACGAAAGGGCACCGGGGCGGGGCGGGGUCGUGACCGGUGGUGCGUGCGGGACUUGCCGAUAAUUUGGCAGAGACGUACUGCGAUGGCACUGUCCAUGGCUUUGGAAUAGCUCCAAGAGUCGGGACGAGACACACAAAUACGCUGCGGAACAAAACUUGGUAAAGGACGGGUUGGUAUUAUUAUUGGCCGUGAGCUCCGGCUGCGAAUGGCCUGCGUCGACUGGUUCGUACCAGAGGCCGUUUUCAUCCGGCCUCCUGCAGGCUUGCUGAACAGACGUUGGCAAGGAGCUGGCUGUGUUCUGAGGGCGCCAGAGACC